AUGCAAGGUUUCCAACGAAGCGAUCUUUUCUUGCUCUUUGCGCUCUCGAUUGCGAUGAUUUUGAGUUCGGCGUACGCCGACGAUCACCGACCACCAAUCGUAGGCAUAAAAGGGCUUGGACUUGUCGAAGGCAUCAUGGGAGAGUCGGCCUGGACCGGGCGCCCAAUCUAUCAAUUCUACAACAUCAAGUACGCCGAAGCUCCAGUAGGAGAUCUACGAUUCCGCGCGCCAGUUAGCGUCCUCCCCUGGGAAGGAAUCAUGAAUGCAACCGUUCCGGGUAGAGGUUGCCCACAGUCUCGAACCAUCUCGACGGAGGAUCCAGAUGCAGAAGAUUGUCUUACACUUUCGGUAUACUCCAAUGAUCUUACGAAAAGCCGCCCAGUUAUGCUGUAUGUCCACGGUGGAGCAUUCGUGGUCGGGUCGGCUGAGCGGUUCGGACCUGGUUUCUUGCUGGAAAGAGACAUCGUUCUGGUUGUGAUCCAGUACCGCCUGGGAACGCUUGGAUUCCUCUCGACCGGCACGGAAGCCAUUCCUGGCAAUGCCGCCAUGUAUGAUGUACUUGAGUCACUCGAGUGGGUAUCGCGCCACAUUCACAACUUUGGAGGAAACCCGAACGAUGUGACGAUCUUCGGCGAAUCGGCUGGAGGACACGCGGUCUCGGCCAUGCUGCAUAGUCCUCGCGUUCGAGAAGGAUUGUUCCAUCGAGCCAUCAUUCAGUCAGGUACACUGUUCAUGCCCUGGGUUACCUGUCAAAAUCCUACCGAGGGUGCGUACGAGAUCGCUCGCAUCAUCGGGUGUCCUAUGACAAGUGCCGAGGAGAUCGAUAACUGUCUUAAACAGGCAUCGGUGAAAGACCUUGUCCAGGCACAAGACGAACAUAAACGAAUCGAAUUCAGUUCUCCCGGCUAUCCGAAGGUCAGUGGAGCUUGCAUCACGAUCGGAGGAGUCUUCGGAGAGGAAAGUUUUAUGCCGGUACACCCUAAGGAUUUGACAGUGCUGCGUAAUGUUGAUCUUAUCGUCGGAAUGAACUCCCAGGAGGGUCUUAUAUUCUUCAACGAAUACUUCCGCUACGCCUUGGACUCGGUGCCUAUCACCUGGGAUUCGGCCUGGGAGUUCCUCGAGUUUGUCGAGACACUCAAUAUCAAAUUCGGCUCUGGUGCGUUCGUAGAUGCAGUGGUCGGAUAUGAGUUGUUGAGUAAAGUUAGCUGGGAGGAAAUGGUGCGAGCCAACUUCUCUGAGCUGGUUCCUGUGUUGAUCGAUAUCAGCGGAAAUUUGGCACUGAAGUACGGCUCUGUAGAGGAAGCCAAUCGCUUCGCCAAGGCUUAUCCCGCCCAAGUUUACCUGUACAACUUCGACUACGUUGGACCUCCGUCUCCCGUCACCCCUGGCUUUCCUUAUCCUUUCCCCAACACCGUUGGACACGGAGACGAGCUGAAGUUCCUCUUUCCGAUGAACGAGUUGAACGAGGAGCAUACGAAAAUGGCCAACAUUAUGGUAGAUCUUUGGACGUCGUUCGCCAUCGCUGGCAUACCGCAGGCAGAAAACGUGAUCCCUUGGCCAACAGUUUCUCGACCCUUUGGGCCGUACCUCCGACUGGUUAAUCCACCGGAACAGAUGGAAUAUUUCGUUCAGGAAUUCACUAACAGUGUGGAAAAGGCGAGGGAGGUGAUUGAGGCUAGCGCAUCGACAUCCCCCUUUCUUUCGAUGUGUCUCGAUCUGACAUCCAAGUGGCGUGCAUAA